AUUCGGUGAAAAAGGAAAGAGUCAAAGUUGAAUUUUCUCAGCUCUCACUCUCUUUUUCUCUCUCUUUACUUCUACUGUAUCAAGAAGCUCCGUUUUGCUUAGCCAUAGUGCGUCUAGGGUUUGGUUGGUGGGAAGAAGGUUCCGAUCAUGGCGUCGGUGUCGUCGUCGGAUCAAGGACCUAAGACAGAAGCAGGAUGUAGCGGCGGAGGAGGAGGAGAGAGCUCGGAGACAGUGGCGGCGAGUGAUCAGAUGUUGUUGUAUAGAGGUUUUAAGAAGGCGAAGAAGGAGAGAGGUUGUACAGCUAAGGAGCGUAUUAGUAAAAUGCCUCCGUGCACUGCUGGGAAAAGGAGUUCCAUAUACCGGGGAGUCACCAGGUUUGGUUGUGAAUUGGGAGUUGUGUUAUCUGUAUUAGAGUAUGGAAUGUUUGGAUUGGUGGAUAUGCACUUUGUGUCUAGGCUCAAACUAGAAGAAAUGAGUAGACAUAGAUGGACAGGUCGUUAUGAAGCUCACCUUUGGGAUAAGAGUACCUGGAACCAAAACCAGAACAAGAAGGGAAAACAAGUUUAUCUAGGAGCAUAUGAUGAUGAAGAGGCUGCUGCUAGAGCUUACGACCUUGCUGCCUUAAAAUAUUGGGGUCCUGGGACACUUAUAAAUUUUCCGGUGACUGAUUAUACCAGGGAUUUAGAAGAAAUGCAAAAUCUCUCAAGGGAAGAAUACCUUGCAUCUUUACGUAGAAAAAGCAGCGGUUUCUCUAGGGGAAUAGCGAAAUAUCGUGGACUUCAAAGCCGAUGGGACGCAUCAGCCAGUCGUAUGCCUGGACCUGAAUACUUCAGUAACAUUCAUUACGGGGCAGGUGAUGAUCGUGGAACAGAAGGUGACUUUCUAGGUAGCUUUUGUCUGGAAAGAAAGAUUGAUCUAACAGGAUACAUAAAGUGGUGGGGAGCCAACAAGAACCGUCAACCAGAAUCUUCAUCAAAAGCAUCAGAGGAUGCAAACGUCGAAGAUGCUGGUACUGAGCUUAAAACACUGGAACACACAUCCCAUGCAACAGAACCAUACAAGGCGCCAAACCUUGGCGUCCUUUGUGGAACUCAGAGAAAAGAAAAAGAAAUAUCAUCACCAUCAAGCUCUUCUGCUUUAAGCAUCUUGUCUCAGUCGCCUGCCUUCAAGAGCCUAGAGGAGAAAGUGUUGAAGAUCCAAGAAAGCUGCAAUAAUGAAAACGAUGAGAAUGCAAACCGUAACAUCAUCAAUAUGGAGAAGAAUAACGGCAAGGCAAUAGAGAAACCAGUUGUGAGUCAUGGAGUUGCUUUAGGCGGUGCUGCUGCUUUGUCUCUUCAGAAAAGCAUGUACCCACUUACCUCUCUCUUAACGGCUCCAUUGCUCACCAACUACAAUACAUUGGAUCCUCUUGCAGACCCUAUUCUCUGGACACCAUUUCUUCCUUCAGGAUCCUCUCUUACUUCAGAGGUGACAAAGACAGAGACCAGCUGUUCCACGUACAGCUACCUCCCACAAGAGAAAUGAGCCGUUCCCUUUAGACUUUAUGUAUGUCAGAUUCUCCUUUUUUGAGAUGAAUUCGUCGACUUGACAUCUCUUUGUCUCUUUUAUGGAGAAAAAGUUGGGAAAAGUGUGACAAUGGUCUGAAGCAGGAAUGUACAGGUUUUGUUAGUGGUUGUGUUUUUUUUUUUCCAGUGUGGAAUAUAGAAUCAUGAUAUUUUGUGUAAAACAGAAAAAAGUUAUCAUUAUAGUAUAGAAGUUUGCUCUUAAUAUUUCUGC